CUAUAUUACAAGGGUACACUGAAGUUUGUAUUCUUCUUAGUGGUAAACAUGGCUAAGUUUACAGUCCUUGCUCUUAUGUUGGUUGUUUGUGGAUCUGUACAAGCAUGGGGAAGCAACUACGUUUCGCCAAACGACCGCGAUUGCAUUGUAAGCCGUUGGAGCCGAUGGAGUCGGUGUGAAUAUAACCGAGCCUAUCCAACCUACAAUUCAUGUCAAUUCCGAACACGAACAAUCAGAGUAUCGCCGCAAGGAAACGGCGCUGCUUGCCCAGAACUUGUACAAGUUAGAGCUUGCCAACCUCAACCCGUAAGGUGCGAGUGGUCAGCUUGGUCACAAUGUAGCUCUGAUGGUUCAUCAUAUAGAAGUACAAGAACAAGGACACGGCAAUGUCAUCCAUUUUCUGAAACUGAAGAUUGUGAAGAACCAGUAACAUCACGACCAAUCCCCCCCAACCCUACCCUGCCCCCCAUACAAGCUACCAACCCCCCUCCUACCAGUGGAGGAAAACGUAAGUGCAGAAGAGGAAGAAGAAGAUCAGGAAGCAGAAGUGGAUCCUCCGGAAGUGAUGACUCCUCAUGCUCGGAUUCGGAUGACUCGGACUCGGAUAAUGGUGAUUCGGAUUCGGGUAACUCGCAUCCUCCUCGAAGCAGAUCCCGAGGAAGGUCUAGGAGCCGAUCUCCAGUGAAGAAGAGCGGAAAUAACAGCAGUAAUUCCGACAGGAGCAGAAGCAGGAGCAAGAGCAGGAGCAGAUCUGGAUCUCCCGACAACGGAGGACAUCACAACUACCGAACAACCACAAGAUGGUAAAACAUGGAUCAAAAUUAUAUAUUGGGUGAAAUGGUGGCAAUUAUAAUAAAAUACAAUGCAUUGUA